CUCAUUCAAGCAAAUUCAGAAGCAGAAGAACAAUCCCUACAACCCCUGCCGAAUUCAGAAGCAGAAGAGUGCUGUACAAUCCCUAAAACCACUGCCGCCAUUCCAGCAAUUUCUUCAAGAUUUUCCAUGGGAAAGAAGCGGAAGCACGCAGAAGUAGAGGCUACGGCUAAAGAAGAAACUGCAAUAGAAAGGCCUAAGAGAACUCUUUUAGGUUUUAAAGAUGGUUCUACUGAAGGAAAAAAAGAGAGUUCAGUAGUUACUUUUAGAAAUAAAGAGAAAGUUUUGGUUACUUGUUCUCGUCGUAUUAGCUACAGGUAUCGGCAUUUAAUGUUGAAUUUGGUGUCUCUUUUGCCUCACUGCAAGAAAGAUAACAAGGUGGAGUCUAAAGAUGCUAAAGGUGCAACAUUGAAUGAGCUAGUUGAGUUGAAGAGCUGUUCGUCUUGCUUGUUCUUUGAGUGCCGGAAGGGAAAAGACCUCUACUUGUGGAUGGCCAAAUGCCCCAAUGGUCCAUCUGUGAAGUUUUUAGUCAAUGCAGUGCACACGAUGGAAGAAUUAAAACUUACUGGAAAUCACUUGAAGGGUUCACGUCCUAUUUUGACUUUCUCAAGCAAUUUUGAUAAACAGCCUCACUGGAAGCUUUUGAAAGAAAUGUUCAUGCAGAUUUUUGGAACCCCAAAGGAUCACCGGAAAUCCAAACCUUUCUAUGAUCAUGUAAUUGUGUUUUCAAUUCUAGAUGACCACGUGUGGUUCCGUAAUUACCAGAUAUCAUGUCCUCAUAAUGGAGGAACACAGAAAAUAGACCGUGGGGACCUGGAAAAGUUGACACUUGUUGAGGUUGGUCCAAGGUUUUGCUUGAACCCAAUCAAGAUCUUUGGUGGUAGCUUUGGAGGCCCUACACUUUAUGAGAAUCCAUUUUACGUUGCACCCAAUCAGAUCCGAUCACUAGAGAAAAAACAGAAGGCUGGCAAAUAUGCAAAGAAAGUCAAAGCGAAGACCAGGAGAAAGAUACAUCAGUUGUCUAAUCCUAUGGAGGUGGAUGAAUUUGCUGAUAUGUGGAAAGAGUGACAACUUGUUGUCCAACACGAGUGUGCUCCAGAUCCAGGACGAUGAACACAUGCCCCAUAAGUUUUGUAUUGCUAGAAUUAUGAUCCUUUUCGAACAUUUGAAGUGAACUAUCUCCUGAUUUUCUGCCUAGUCAGAAUGUAUUCUAUGCAAAAUUAUUGUAGGGCAGUGUAAGGAUGCCCCUUUUUUAUGGUGCAAUGAGGAGCUACAUGCCUUGCCACUGUCAAUUCUCUGGCAUUCUACUUUUUCCCAGGAUUUAACUUCCAGGUUUUAAUCCACAAAAUACAUCAUGUAGUUUAUUGGAUUGGUUGAAAGUAAUGGUUUUCUGCCCUGUGCUUUUCAAA